AUGCCGAUUCCAAUGCGCCUUGGAACCAAACUCCUUCUCCGAACCACCUUCCCCGGCGCCCACCAACGCAAUUCGGCGACUUCAUCCACUCCGCCAACUCCCAACGCUGUGCAGUACACUCCUGCUCCUCCACCACCAGCAGGCCCCGAAGUAGGGUCCGCUGCAGCAGAUUGGCAAAUUAUAAAGCAGCUCGGCGCUUACUUAUGGCCCAAGGAUGAGGCAGGGAUAAAAGCGCGUGUGGUGAUUGCCUUAUCGCUUCUGAUAGGCGGAAAAAUCAUGAACGUGAACGUGCCGAUAUUGUUCAAACAGAUCGUCGAUGUUCUGCAGCCUAUGCCAGCCACUGGCGCGGACGUGUUGACAGUUGCUGGCACGGUUUUGUUGGGCUACGGGGCGGCGAGACUGGGAUCUUCGCUCUUCCAGGAGUUGCGGACAGCUGUUUUCGGGAGGGUGGCUCAACGAGCGAUACGUUACGCAUCACGGGAGAUAUUCUACCAUUUGCUGAAGCUUGACUUGAGCUUUCAUCUGAGCCGACAGACCGGUGGAUUGACGCGUGCCAUCGACCGCGGCACAAAAGGAAUCAAUCAGAUUUUGUCAUCUAUGGUCUUUCAUAUAUUCCCUACGGCACUCGAGAUUUCGAUGGUGUGUGGAAUCCUCGCCUAUAGCUUUGGUCCCGCAUAUGCCGGAGUAACCAUCCUCACCAUGGGGGCAUACACCGCCUUCACCUUCAUAACGACCACGUGGCGAGUGAAAUUCCGAAAGCAAAUGAACGCUGCAGAUAACAAAGCAGCAUCUGUUGCUACCGACGCGCUCCUCAACUUCGAAGCCGUCAAGUACUUUACGAAUGAGCGUUUCGAGGUCAAACGGUAUGAUCAAUCGCUCGCAAAGUACGAAAAGGCUGCCACCACCUCCGUAACGUCCCUCGCGUAUUUGAAUGCGGGGCAAAGUGCGAUCUUCUCUGUCGCGCUGACCACGAUGAUGUGGAUGGCGGCGCAGGGAAUCCUUGGAGGGGCGAUGACAGUCGGUGAUCUCGUCAUGGUGAACGGAUUGCUGUUUCAGCUGUCGAUGCCGUUGAACUUCCUGGGUACCGUCUAUCGCGAGACUCGCCAGAGUCUCAUUGACAUGGAUACCAUGUUCAGACUCCGCCAUGUCAAAUCGGCCAUCGAAGAGCCACCUUCGGCGAAACCUUUGCAACUCGUCAAAGGUGGCGAAAUCCGCAUCAACAAUGUCAAGUUUGCGUACCACACUGGGCGUCAAAUCCUCGACGGAGUCGACUUUACGAUUCCAGCCGGCAAAUCAGUUGCCUUUGUUGGCCCUAGUGGUUGUGGAAAGUCCACCAUCUUGCGUUUACUCUUCCGCUUCUUUGACCCACAAGAGGGCAGCAUCGUCAUUGACGGUCAAAACAUCCGCGAUGUGACAAUCGAAAGUCUUCGCCAAUCUAUGGGUGUUGUGCCACAAGACACCAUCCUGUUCAACCAAACCAUCUACUACAACAUCCUCUACGGUCGUCCGGAUGCUACCAGGGAAGAAGUGGAAGAGGCUGCCCGCAAAGCCAGGAUUCACGACGUGAUCGUCAACAACUUCCCGAAUGGAUAUGAGACUGUUGUCGGUGAGCGUGGUCUCAUGAUCAGCGGUGGCGAAAAGCAAAGAGUCCAACUGGCAAGAACGUUCCUGAAGAAUCCGGCCAUCAUGCUCUUCGACGAAGCCACCUCCGCGCUGGACCAAACCACCGAGACGGCCAUCAUGGCCACGAUCCGCGAUUUUCUGAACGAUCCCCACCGCGCCGUGUCCAACGACGCUGACGUGAACUGGCCACGCACACGGACCGCUGUCUUCAUCGCUCACAGACUACGGACGAUCAUGGACUGCGAUCAUAUCGUUGUCAUGAAGGAGGGGAAAGCCAUCGAAGUCGGCACCCAUGAGGAGUUGCUGGCGAUCCCCGAUGGUGUGUACGCCGGCAUGUGGAGGGCGCAACAGGAGACUGGGGAGGAGGAGGUGCGAGGACAUCUUCGUGCGACGAAUGAGGAGGCAGAGAAGGAUGGGGCAUCGGACGGGACAUCCCCGCCUAAUGUUCUGCCCAACGUACCGCCGUCACCAUGA